CUGCUGAUCCUGGACGAGGCCACCACCGCGCUCGACCCGGAGACGGAAGCCGGCAUCGUGGCCACGGUGAAGCGCCUGACCGGCAGGCUCACAGUGCUCUCGAUCUCACACCAGCCGGCCAUGCAGAGUGCCGCAGAUUUCGUCUACCAACUGGAUGACGGAACUGCCACUCGCCUGGAGGCAAACGAGCCGACCGCCGUACGGCGAUCGACCGCAGGCGACGGGCAGGCAUAG